GGGCGGACCAGCCGUGAGUCCCGCCCCGCCCACAACACGUGCCAGGCGCCAAGCGACCGGCUCGGAGGGAGACGCGGGGGCAAAAAUCACCGAGACAGCGCGGAGUCUGCACAGGUAUACUGGCCAAAUACAGCAGCUCUGCAUAGACCAUGGCUCAUCUCUCCUCUUCAACUCAGGUUAAUAAAAGCUGUCCAGUCAUGACUUUCUUGGAUUGAUUGUAUAUCUCCAUGGCAGUGGAAUUAGUUCUCUGGUGCUGAGAGUGAGACCCUAAAACAAAGAAGAACACAAAUCAUGUCUCGAGGACUUCCAAAGCAGAAACCAAUAGACGGUGUUAAGCAAGUUAUAGUUGUGGCUUCUGGAAAGGGUGGAGUUGGAAAGUCUACUACAGCAGUGAACCUUGCACUUGCUUUAUCAGCGAAUGAUUCGUCAAAGGCUGUUGGUUUGCUAGAUGUGGAUGUGUAUGGCCCUUCUAUUCCGAAGAUGAUGAAUCUGAAAGGAGAUCCAGAGUUAUCACAGAGUAACUUAAUGCGGCCUCUUUUGAAUUAUGGUAUUGCUUGUAUGUCCAUGGGCUUCCUGGUUGAAGAGACUGCACCCAUUGUUUGGAGAGGGCUUAUGGUAAUGUCAGCCAUUGAGAAACUGUUGAGGCAGGUAGAUUGGGGUCAACUGGACUAUUUAGUUGUUGACAUGCCACCAGGAACUGGAGAUGUGCAGUUAUCAGUCUCACAGAAUAUUCCUAUUUCAGGAGCUGUGAUUGUCUCCACACCCCAGGACAUUGCAUUGAUGGAUGCACAUAAGGGAGCUGAGAUGUUUCGAAAAGUCCACGUGCCUGUUCUGGGCCUUGUCCAAAAUAUGAGUGUUUUCCAGUGUCCAAAAUGUAAACACAAAACUCAUAUAUUUGGUGCUGAUGGUGCAAGGAGACUAGCACGGACCCUUGAUCUUGAUAUUCUAGGAGACAUUCCCUUACAUCUUAAUAUACGGGAAGCUUCAGAUACAGGCCAGCCGAUUGUGUUUUCACAGCCUGAAAGUGAUGAGGCCAAAGCCUACCUAAGGAUUGCUACCGAAGUGGUAAGAAGAUUGCCACCACCUCCAGAGUGAUUCCCCAAGUGUCUUGGAAAUCCGCCUGGUUCUUGACAGUAAGACCUUUGGAAAUCAGCAGUGUGGUGGUGAAACCUACAGAAAUAAUAGCAAUCAUAGUUGUUUUCUUGUAUUUCUAAAGAAAUAAUGUCUUAUCUUCAGAUUUGAUUUGCUAAACAAUGACUUACAAAUAAAGUUUUUACAUACCGAUGCUUA